AUUUACUAUUAAUUUAUCGCUCAGUGAUAUUAGGUAAUUAAGAAAACUGGAACAAGUAAGUCCUAUUUUAGCGAUAGUAGUGUAUUUUAUCGUAAUUAAUGCUAUAAGUUGCAUGACCUGACAAAUGGCUAGCAGAAAUUUUAUCAUAAAUAUUAUUUCUUUUACUAAAAUAUCCUAGGUCGCAGAAAACCGUUUCAGUUCUUGUUUAAUCGAGAGAACCCUUUUCAAAUUUUUCCAGAAAACAUCAUGACUAAAUCGGAAAUAUUUAUCGCUGAAAAUGGAAAACCUUUAAAAUUCUAUCUAAGUCCAUGUGAUAUACGUGAUAGUUUACGAAAAAAAAUUAUGGAUCAUGGUGGCGAGUUGGUUUUCAGAAAUUGUAGAGAAAACGUUAUCAAGCUAACUAGUCCUGGAUCCCAAGCAUCCAAAGGCGAAGUCUCUAUAGAUUUUAUCCACGAGAGUAUAGCCAAGAAAAAAAAAUUAAAUCUUGACGACUAUACGAAUAAAAGUUCUGAUCAAGAAGUUUGUAAUGACGUUAUGGCUGCUGUAUCUCCUAAAUCUGAACAGAGAGUUAUUCAUAAGUACAGGUACUUAGCAAACAAAGAAAGAGCUAUAUUAUUGCGUAAUUUUAGACGUCAGGCGUACACAAGAUCAGACGACGAAGCCAUAAUAAAAUAUGUUUGGCGGUCAAAUGGUGCACGAUUAGUUCGUGGAAGGUCACUCUGGACAAAUCUUCAAGAUAAAUUGCCGAAACAACUUCGAGGUCGUACUUGGAUGUCUCUUCGAGAACGAUAUCUGAAAAUUAUUCUUCCCAAUCUAAAGAAUUAUCAAUUAGCUCAGAAUCAGUAUGAUAUUUUAAGCCAAGCAAAAAGGGAGGAUAGCUCAAAGUCUUAUUCCUCCCUUAAUCCUGGAUCUUUUGCUGAUGAUUCUGAUGAUGAGGAAGGUGUCAAAAAACAUAAACCGUUUCGUGAGAAAUCUGUUAAAAUAUUGAAUAAAUCUGACAAACUAUUAACUGAAUCACCCGCCAUAACACCGGGAGUCAAAAGAAAGGCGAAUGCUCUUAAAGUAGGACCAAAGAACAAAGACUUUACCCAUUCUGUGGAGAGUGGGCAUAUAGAAAAAGAAAGGCCGGGGCGUUUAAAUAAAACUCAGCUAAACGAAGAAAAUGAUAACUAUAGAGUUACUCGGAGUUGUAAAAAUCGAGAACUGCUGUCUCACAAAAGAAAAAAAAAAUGCUCCACAGACAACGUAUCAGUAACGAAGUCACCGAAGGCCCCCAAAAAACUUCAAAAUUCAGGAAAUAGCAUUUCAAAACUGCUUUCAGCUUCAGAUUACAUAGAAUUCGAUAAAUCUACUUUCCAAAAGAAUUUUGCUAAUGAAAUUUUAGAGACUUCAAAAAAUUCCCUCGGACUUACCACGAAAGCUAUGAUGUAUUGGGCAGUAACUUCAGUCAAACUGGCAACUGACGGGAAGCAGAAUACAGAGGAGUCCGUUUACGAGGAUCUCGGCGAAUUAAAUUUGAAAGAUUCCAGGCAUACUCACCGAUACUCGGAUUCCGCUACAUUAACAGAUAUAUGCUGUAAUAGAGAAUUAGACGAAGUUUCCUUGGUUUCUCUAAUUAAAGAAACAAUUCCUCAAUAUCGUCUACGGGCUGAUACCUUCACAGAUUUUGGAGGAUACGCCAAUUCUGAUUGGAUACAUACUCCUGUAUUACCAAGUGAUCACGAUCUUCCUCUAUCGGUCGAAGUUAUUGAAGAAACCCUGAAUUACUUUAUUUUGUGUGGCGAUCGAUUGACUCAAAUGACGAAAACCUACAAUGAUAUUGAUGCUGUUACUCAUUUACUAGAAGAAAAAGAGAAGGAUUUAGAAUUGGCUGCGCGAAUAGGUCAAAGUCUUCUUGAAAGAAAUAAACAACUUGAGAGUCUAAGUGAAAAUUUAGAAUGUCAAUUAGAGGAUGCCACUGAAAAAUCCAAGCAACUUCAGCACGAAUUGUGUAUGAAAGAUUCUUUGCUACACUCUUACUUGCAAAGCGAUCAAGAAACAGAUGUUUUAGAGUCUGAACAAAGGAAGAGUGAUGGGAGAGGGGUAGUGUACUUAGAAGCGUUACAAAAAAAAGUAAAUUUUCUCGAACGAGAAAAUGAAUGUCUUAAGGAAAGAACAGUUCAUUGUCUAACUGAUACUGAUCAACUUGUGUCCAAGGAGGAAGCACUAGUUCAGGAGUUAAUGAAGGAGCUAGAGGUAUCCAGAACAAAUUCAAAUAAUUUUCAGACAGAAGUGGCAAAUCAUUUGGAAAUCAUACAUGAUCAAGAAGAGAAAAUAUUGUUUCUUGAAAAUGAGAUAUCAUUAGUUAGAGAAACUGUGAAAAAAUUAUCUGAUGAAAAUAAUGAGUUAAUAAUCAUUAUUGAGCAUGGCAAGGAAACAGAGAGACUUUUGUCUAUAAAGUUGACAGAAGCGGCAGAAAAGCUAAAUGAGAUGGAAAUAUCUUUUGAAGAAAAAUGUAGAGAGUUGAAUGAUAUUAACUUAAGAUCAAUGUCUGAUCACUGUUCCUUUCACUAUAGUUCAAAUACUGAGUCUCUAUUGAAUGAACUUAGAACUUCUGUUUGUAAGGAUCCCAACGAUCCGGAUGGAAAAUUUAUUCGCCAAAUGCAAACACAGCAAGAAAAUGCAAUUAGUACGCUCAAGUGUGUUAACAAAUCUCAACAAUCUGAAUUUACCUAUGAAAUGAGUCAAGGCUGUCUGAACCAAGGAUCAAUGUUUUUUACAGACUGCGACCGUGAAUCUUCAAUGGUAUCCGAACAACAGUCACAGAAUAGUUGGGAGAGAGAGCUAGGAAACUUUUCAUCAAGGAGAUGUUCGUCAUUUGGAGCUGACUUUUCAUCAAAAUCAUCUGUCAGUUUACCCGGACUUUCAAGCAUUUUUAGACACUCUGAGAAAUUACAAUUAAUUAAACCAAUUAAAGGUUCAAUUACUAUGGAGCAUUGGCAAAGACUAGCUCAUUCAGACCUUACUACCAUUCUGAAUUUUCGGCCAGGAAUUACUUCAAAAUUUUGCAAAGAAAUAAAUCAUUCAGUAACGCAAGAUCAACUGCUGCCUAGAAACUUUCUGAAGGAAAAAAGAAGCAGCGAUAGUAUUUGGAAAAAAUUAUCACUGAACGAAGAGUCAACGAAUAGAUCAAUAGGCUUAAAUUGCCUUUCUGAUACAAAGAGUUUUAUUCAACUGCGAAAUUUACAUAAUAGUUCCACAAUUAUCGACGCCAUCGGUUCUGUAGCUGGCUUUAGCUUGCAUGAAAAGACUGAUAAUCGCAGAGGAGUUCGAUUAAGAUAUUUAGAGUUGUCUUGUGAAUGCCACUCAUGUGAUGGAAAUAAUUUGUGUGAUACUUGCAAAUGUUUAAAAAUAACUAGCUAUAUUUAA